UUCCGUAGCGAUGAACUGACAAGAAUAUAGAAAAUAUACAAGAGUGCAGGUUUAAGACAUCAGAGGCUGCAAUGAUCACAAGGGUUAUACUAUUACAUCAACAUACGACGAAUAUUUUAUGACUCAACUCAAUACUUGGGGCAUGACUGGCAAUGCAGAUACCUUUCGGCAUGGAGCUACUUCAUAUCGAAAUGCUCGCGACUGUGCGAAGGAAGCGAGAGACGCGCUUAUUGAGGUUGCGAACGAAAAGGGUCCGGGAGUGUGUACAGAAUCUCAGUCUUUUGCAUCAUCUGGCAAUGGGGCAGUUUCUAUUUCAGCGGCUGGCCCAGUUUGCGUGGAGUCUGAUACUUUAGCUGACGAAACGGACGCUGAGUGUGUGGGCGCCCCGCAAUGGAGCUUUACAGAUCAUAUUGAAGACGAGGUGGAAGAGGGAGAGGAUAAUACCCUAGAAAUAGGUAGGGGAACGGUCCAAAAGGCAAAAAGUUGGAGGCAAGAAAGUGCCAAACCUGAGCAUACCUUGUACAUAAGAGUUGUCAGAAGUUAGAGGGAGCCUCAAGUUUACCUACUGCACCGCAAUGGAAAGAAUGGAUAUCAUUUCACUUUGAGAUUAUAUUCAUGAAACCUGGCCUUGCUCUCUUCUGUAACUCAUUUUUAUAGAUAAGGCCUCGGCAGUUUUCAUUGCUAAUUAGAGCCCACUUUCCACCACGAUGUUAACUACACAAACCCCAGGUAAUUAAGGAACUGUUCAUCACUAUAUAAUUUGGAUUCUUAUUCUUUUGUUCUCUAAGCUCGCGGCAAAGGAAAAACAUUAUGUUAUCUAAUGUCUCUUCACUCCCCCGUUUACUCAACACCACGUCGAGUUCUCUCUCGUUCCUCCUAAUUAGAAAGUUCUGUAAUUCCAAGGAAACUCAGGUCACUUCUGCUGUUGCUGCAUAGCUAUGCACACCUGUGUCACCCAUUUUAAGAAGAGUAGAUUAGGGUAACUGAUUUCACAUGUCUUUGCUUCUCUGCCCAUCUCAAACACCCUCAAACCACUUGUGUGCCAAUGCCUCAUGAGCAGUGAUCCUCUUUUCCGGAUCAAAAUUUGUCGUUGCACGGAUAAAACUUUUAAAAUCAUUGUCAACACCCUUCCAAAGGAAAAAUGGUCUGCGCGGGUUGUCUUUGUUGAAACCAUCCCGAAUUACUUCAAACACGCGAACCCAGGGAUUAUUGCCAAGGUAUUUCAAAA